GAACAGACAGACAGACAGACAGACUGACAGACAGGGAGACAGACAGACAGACAGACAAACAGACAGACAAAGAUGACAGCGUUGAUGAACUCGACCCGGCUGUCAACUGACGUUGGGAGUGGUCUGAGACUGACCCAGACCACCAAAGCCCUGGCAAAGUACACUGACAGACAUGCCUUCCCACAGCACACGCCUACCCUCCUUCAGUUGACGCUCAUCUUGGCUUAUGGCUUCUUCGUUUGUGUGUGGGUCUUCCACAACGUCAGUGAGCGAUUAGGCCUAAGGGCGCCUAGCCUGGGCAAAGCGAAGGGAAAGAGACAGAACGGCGGGUUGGCGAAAGACAGAAGCGAGCAGGAGAAGGAGACGGUGGUAGACGUUGAGGGCUCCACGCAGAAAGACUCGUCUGGUCAGGAAGACGGAGACAGGAAGCCGCUAGUACAAAAUGGCGUCUUCCACCCGGAAAACAAGGUCGAGGCUGCAGCUGGAGGAGAGAAGAAACUGGGUCAUGACGUCACCGCUACUGACCGGAUGGCGAAGGAUGGGAAUGAGCAACUUCUCCUUCUUCUGGAUCCGAAAGGACUUCUCUGGCUACCGAAUUGUCAAGAUGCUGUUCCGACUGAACUUCCUCGUCAUCUUUGUAGUCAUGGUAACGGACAAUGAGUAUAUGCUCUACUACAUCUGCGCCAUGCACACUUACUGGUUCCUCACCGUCUAUGUGUUCAUGAGGACGUUCAGUUCGUGGAACACCAAACCACGCAAGAUGGCACUCAAAUUUCUCGCCUACUUCGUCUGCAACGCAAUCAUCUUCGACAUCCCGGGGGUAUCGGAGUGGGUCUUCAGACCUUUCGCUUUCGUGCUUGGGCUGCACGACAAUACAGGAAGCAUUAUGCACGAGUGGUCGUUCCGUGCCGGUUUGGACCACUGGGCCUGCUUUGUUGGCAUGUUGUGCGCCUACAAUUACCCGCAUUUUGAGGCGCUGAUGACUUACCUGGACAGUCAGUCGCACAGCAAGGCAGAGCAAGGCCGGAAGUGGGGCAUUCGUAUUGGCAUGGCGGCUGUAGGCGUUGCAGUCGGUUUCGGCUGGUACUUUUCCUUCAUGCAGAAAGACAAAUACGCUUACAAUAGACUGCAUCCUUAUACCUCUAUCAUUCCCAUCCUCGUCUUCAUCUUGCUGAGGAAUAUACACCCACUGUUGAGGCGAUACCACAUCCAUAUGUUUGCCUGGCUAGGUAAGAUCACCCUGGAGACCUACCUGUCCCAGCUCCACGUUUACCUGUUGUCCAACGCGCGCACGCUGCUCGUCUACCUGGAGGGCUACCCGUUGAUCAACUUCUCCCUAGCGACCAUCAUCUACCUCACCAUCUCUCAAAGCCUCUUCCAUAUCACCAACGACACCAGCAACUUCAUGCUUCCCAGAGACAAGAAGAAACUACUACGCAACACCUCCUAUUUCGUAUGCUUAUUGCUUGUGUGCGGAUGCCUAGCAUAUUUUGUCCCCAUUUUGUGAUUGUUUGUAGUCAACAAUUUCCUGUUGUUUUUUGGCAACUAUUGUUGUCCCCCCCCCCUUUUCCUAAUUCGUAUACGUAAUCUUUGCAGGCCUCCUUUGACGUUGGGCCCACCACCCCCCCCCCCCCCUCAUCGAAUCGCGUAUUAUGGCUAUGGAAUGAUUGUAGUUUUAGCAAGGGCCCUACUAGGGCUCUUUCCUUUCCAUUAAAAAAAUUACUUUUGGGUGUACGUUUGAUGAAUAUGCAUGUCACUACCAAUAAACCGUCCAGCAGGCACAUAAAGAAAUCGGUAGGACUUGGAAAUCUUUUCGUUAUGUACGAAUUUUGCUAUGAAGAUCUUCGUAUUUUAAUGCAGUACAUGUACAGAGAAUAAUGUAUGAAUGCGAAUUUUACCCAAUCUGGACAUGAGAAUCUGUUCGCUUUGUGCUUGCUAGACUGUAAUGGAAUUUAAGUGACUAAGAUUUCCGACCGUUUUAUGACAGAGCCGGUUCAACAAAAUGUACUGUGUGGGUUUGUUCUAUUUAUUUGUGUCAUAUGAGUGGGCUGUUGUCGGGGACUUUGGUGUGGGUUGUUCCUACUUUCCUACCAAACGUCUAUCGUGGGCACCAUUGAAAUCCUUAUUAUUAUCAUUAUUGCAUGAAUUAAUUAUUAU